AAAAAAAAAAAGAAUUGGCUCACAUGAUUAUGGAAGCCGAGGAUCAUAAUCGUGGCCUGCUGUCCACAAGCUACAGACCCAGGAGAGAGCCAACAGUGUAAAUCUAGUCAGAGUCCAAAGGCCCGAGAACUGGAGGGAUAAUGCCAUAGGGCUCCCGUCCAAGUCUGAAGGCCUGAGAACCAGGAAUGCCGACGGUGUAAGCUCCAGUCUAAGGAGAGGAGAAGACCAAUGUCCAGCUCACACGGCCAGACAGACGGAAUUCACACUUCCUCUGCCUUUGGGUUCUACUCAGGCCCUCAGCAGACGCGGUGAGGCCCAUCCACACGGGGGAGGGCGGUCUGCUUUCAUUCAGUCCACUGAGUCAGCUGCUAAUCUCUCCUGGGGACACCAUCACACACACCCCCCCCCAGAACUAAUGUUUAACUAGACAUCGGGGGUCCCACAGCCUGGCAAGCCGACACACAAAACCAACCUGUAACUGCGUCCCAGGUGCAAUGCUUAGCAGUCGCGCCAUCACAGUGACCGGGUUUAUUUUCUCCACAGUGAGGUCAACAAGGAUUCUCUGGAGAAAAUCCUUCCACAGCUGAAAUGCCAUUUCACCUGGAACUUACUUAAGAAAGACAGUGUCUCAGGUGAUCUAGAAGAUACAGUGUGUCACCAGAUUGAAUUCUUAAACAUGGGGUCCAAAGCUACCAUGUACAAUUUCUUGGCCUAUGUAAACCACCUGAAUGGCCACAGCGAGGCAGCGCUGGAGCGCCUGCGCCAGGCGGAGGAGCUGAUCCAGCGGGAGCACCCGGAUCAAGCGGAAACCCGAAGUCUGGUCACCUGGGGUAACUACGCCUGGGUCUACUAUCACCUGGGCAGACAUGCAGACGCUCAGAUGUACGUCGACAAGGUGAGACGAACCUGCGAGAAGUUUUCAAACCCAUACAGUAUCGAGUGUCCCGAGCUUGACUGCGAAGAAGGGUGGACACGGCUGAAGUGUGGGGCAAAGCACAAUGAAAGGGCCAAGGUGUGUUUUGAGAAAGCUCUGGAGGAGAAGCCCAACAACCCAGAAUUCUCUUCUGGGCUGGCCAUCGCGACAUACUGUCUGGAUAAUAAACCACAGAAGCCACUCUCCAUGGAUGCUCUGAAGCAGGCCCUUGAGCUGAAUCCCGACAAUCAAUACAUCAAAGUGCUCUUGGCCCUGAAAUUGCAGACGAUGAAUGAAGAAGCUGACGGGGAGCAGUUGGUUCUGGAAGCCCUGGAGAACACGCCUUGCCAACCAGAUGUCCUUCGCAAUGCAGCCACAUUUUAUCAAAAAAAAGGUGAUCUAGACAAAGCUAUUGAACUGUUUCUAAGGGCAUCGAAAUCCAUUCCAAACAAUGGUUACCUCUAUCACCAGAUUGCGUGCUGCUAUAGGGCCAAAAUCAAACAAAUUCAGGAUAUGGGAGAAUCUGAAGCUAGUAGGAAUGGAGAGAAGAUUGGAGAACUAAAGCAGUGUGCUGUUGACUAUGUGAUUAAAGCUAUUGAGAAGGGAAUAGAUCCGCUGUAUGCAUAUUCUAAUGAGCUCCUGGAAACAGAAGACUAUUAUCAGAUAGCUUGCAGUAAGGAGCUCCCCGGCACUCAGAGGCAACAACCCCACCAGCACUAUCGCGACUUUCAGGGGCGUCACGGGAAGUCUAAAGACACUGCUACCCAAUGUAAUUUGGAGGGUUUGCCCACAAGCACAAAAGCAACAGAGGAAGGAAAGACGGAAUACCCACCACAGAACACCGCUGGAAAUCAGCUUCCACAAAAUGCACCAAAUUCUUGGUAUCUCCAAGGAUUAAUCCACAAGCUGAAUGGAGAGCUGCUGCAGGCAGCCGAAUGUUACGAGAAGGAGCUGGGCUACCUCCUAAGGAACAGCCCCACAGGCAUAGGCAGCCUUCUCCUGCCACUGGCUGAGCUUGAAGAAGGCAGUGAGGCAGUGGGCCGGGGCCCACACAACCCCACUCCCAGAGUUCCCGGAACCCUGAGCUGAAACACAGAGGAGGGAUGGGAGCACAGUCAGGGAACCCGCGACACCCCGGGACUGCUUUAGGGUACAUUUUUGUAGAGUUGCUUCCUCGUAUCUGUCUCCCCUUUCCAUCCCAGCCGCGCACACCCCUCUAGCCUGUGGGCCUUACAGCAAAAUUACCCGUGGACACAGGGCUUCGGGCCUGCGUGACGCUGACUCAUUCUUAGUUUGCCCUCCAUUCAUCAGAUCUCCCCCAUCUCUGUCCUUACUGAGACUCUUAGCUGGCCACCGCCUGCCAACAGCUCUCCCGGACUCUGCCCCUUUGCUAUCUAGCCUUCUGGAGCCCCUGAAAGACCACCUUUGAACUAACCCUGGAAUAUUCCUUAUGUCUUCCUCUUGGCUUCAGCCAUGUGUUUAUAUAUAUUCUCGAGUGCGACACUCCAGUAAAUAUGUGUUCUGGAUAGUGAUGCUACAAUAAAUUUUAAAAUUGCGACUCAGGAUUGAA